AUGGGGUGUCGCGUGUGCCGGGCGAGAAAGGUCAAAUGCGAUGGCCGCCCCAACGGGUGCCGCAACUGCGAGCGCCUGCAGCUCGAAUGCGUGGGUGACGACGGCGCGCCGCUGAUACUCGACGGCGGCGGCGGCAGCGGCGGCAGCGGCAAGGGCGACGGGAGCAAGGGCGUUGCAGGCGUCGGCGCGCUGCGCAAGAUCCGCACGUAUCGCUCGUGCCAGAGCUGCCGCCUCAGCAAGACCAAGUGCAACGGCGACAGGCCGCGGUGCGCGCGGUGCGUGGCCAAGGGCGCAGAGUGCGUCUACGACGGCGGGUCAGCGCCGCGCUGGACGAGGAGCCUCAAGAGGGGAGGGAGCGUCGACGUCAAGGCCGAGCGGCGGGAUGAUGGUGCCGAGUCGUCGCCGCCGGGGGACCAUGGGUCGUCGGCAACGACGGCGGAUGGACGUGGGGAAGGAAGCGAGGCGGCAUCGUCGUCGAGAGCAUCUGCUGAGGCGAGGGCUGGCGAGGGGACGAGCAGCAUCGGCGUAGGCGGUUCUGCCUCUGCCGGCGGUGAUGUGACGCCCUCGCAUCCGCUUUCAUGGCUCCUCUCCCCCGAGCUCCCCACCGGCCGGAGCCUGCGCCGCGUCGUCGAGCAGUACUUUGCCAACGUGCACCCGCUGCGGUGCUUCGCCUUUGUGCACAAGCCGUCCUUUAUGCGCCAGCUGGACCGCGGCUUCGCCUCCGACGACGAGUCGGCGCUGCUGCACAUCAUCUGCGCCCACGGUGCCAAGUUUCUGCUGCUCGGCAGCGGCGCGGGGGAUCUGACGCCGCCGCCGCCGCCGGUCGGCCUUCGGGGCGCUGGCAACCAGUGGGCGCGCCGGGCCGAGUUCCUGUUACUGGCAAAUUUCGGCAAGAUUUCGGUGCAGCGGCUGAUGACCGCCAUCCUCCUCCACGACUUCCACUUCCGCCUUGGCGAGUACGGCCAGGCACUUAUGAUUAGCGGCCUCGCUGUGCGCAUGGCACACGCGCUCAAGAUCAACGCCGAGUACAACGCCGACGUGCUGUGCGCCGAUGAGCGCGACGCGGCGGCGCCGUCGGUGGCAUCACGCGAGUCGCGCCGCCGCCUCAUGUGGGCGUGCUACGUGCUCGAUGCGUGGGCAGGCUCGGGUGUUGACCAGCUGACACUUUUGCGCGAGAGCGACAUCAAGAUUCAGCUGCCCUGCAACGAGCGCAACUUUGGCCUGCGCAUCCCCUCCGUCACCGAGACGCUUGGUGUCGGCCACGUCCUGCAGUUCCUGCCGCCGGCCAUUGUGCCGCGCCGCCCGGCCGCGAACAUGGGCAUCAUGGCCUACUACAUCCGCGUAGUUGCGCUGUGGAAGCGCAUCGUGCGGUACGUCGCCGGCCACGGGCUGGGGCUGCACGCCGACGACCGUCCGCCGCCGUGGCAGCCCGACUCGCACUUUGCGGCCCUAGACGCGGACCUGCACCUGUGGCGCCGCGAGCUGCCCGACUUUGUCGAGUACUCGACCGAGACCAUCUACGCGCGCCUCGACUCCAACCAGCUGGGCGCCCUCGUCCUCAUCCACUGCACCUACCACCACAACUACCUCGAGCUCUACAAGAUCACCAUGCCCGACCUCUUCAAGCUGGACAAGCCAUUUGUCUUCCCGCCCGAGCACCAGGAGUUCCUGCAGACCAUGCAGGCCAACUGCUACUACCACGCCGCGCAGAUUGCCGAGAUCCUCGCCGAGGCGGCCGAGCACGGCGCGCGCCUCCUGUCGGACAGCCUGCUGCCGUUCUUCAUAUACGACAGCAGCCGCGUCAUGCUGUAUUACGUUGCGCGGCUGCUAGAUCCGUCGCGGCCGGAUGCGGAGACCAAGAUGCGGGAGGCGAUCCGUGCCGUGGAGAGCAACAACCGCGUCCUGAGACUCAUGUCGACGCUGUUUCCGAUUGCCCAGAGCCUGUCGGCGACGAUAGAGCGAUGGCUCGCCAAACUGCAGCGGGCCGUCAGUCAGGACGACCUGGUGAGCAGCCUGCAGUCGGAGCACCGGCUGGAGGCGCACCGCUCUGAAUUAUUAAGCGGCGCGCGCGAGUCGUCCGAGUUCAUCCUCCCGCCGCUCCACUCCCUCGCCCGCACCGGCGGCGUCGGCGGCUCCGUCACCCCCGACAAGCGGACGCCCGGGCUCUCUUCCGGCGGCGGGACGGGAAGCGUGCCCGACUCGCCGGCGUGGAGCACCGUCAACCCCAACGCGGCCAACGCAUCGUGGGACGGCACCAGCGCCGCGGCGCACCAACUGGUCGGGCUGAGCACGCAGGCGGCGCAGGCGAGCGGGCUGCAGCACGAGCGGCCGGUCCUGCUCCAGCAGCAGCAGCAGGGGCCCCCCGUGAAGCGCCAGGGCAGCCAGCCCAUGUGCGAGGCGCUGGACCUCGACGACCUGCAGAACUUUUUGAGCUGGGACAUGUACGGCAUCAUGGAGAUGGGAGGGGGGGUGUUUAACGACGACAUGGACGACUCGGUGUCGCAGUCAUGGACGGGAGCGAUUUGA